CGAUUCGUUCGCACUGCUGCGUGCUGCCUCAUACUAUUGUUCAUCUGCUCUCCGAAUUAAUCCCUGCUCUCCUCCUCUGAUCCUCCAUGGAGAAGAUGCUCCACCUGACCCCGGCGCGCGCGUCGUCGAUCCCGGACGGCUUCCUCCUACCGGCCGACCACCUCCGGCCGGCGACCGCCGCCGCCGCUGACUCUCUUCCCGUCAUCGACAUGUCCCGCGGCCGCGACGAGGUCCGCCGCGCCAUCCUCGACGCCGGCAAGGAGCACGGCUUCUUCCAGGUGGUGAACCAUGGCGUCCCCGAGCAGGUGCUGCGGCACUGUAGUAGGAAACGAACAGUCGGAGUCUCAAAGACGCCUGGCCGGCGCUUCCAUCCGACGAUCACUGCAUCUGUUCUUCAGCUUCUAUAUAUACUCGCCGUAUCGGCGUAUCCUUAUUUUUUGAAGAUGCCGUGUCGUCGUAUCCGUAUCGGCGUAUCCGUAUCCCGUAUCGGUGCAACACCUGCGGGACAUGGAGGCGGUGUGCCACGAGUUCUUCCAGCUGCCCGCGGCGGACAAGGCGGAGUUCUACUCGGAGGACAAGAGCAAGCCCAACAGGCUCUUCUCCGGCACCAACUACGAGACCCUCGGCGAGAGGUACUGGCGCGACUGCCUCCGCCUCGUCUACCCCUUGCCCUCCGGCGACACCAAGGACUGGCCACACAAGCCGCAGAGGCUCCGGGAGGUUGUCGGGAAUUACACCGCGCUGGCAAGAGGCCUGGCCAUGGAGAUACUGCGCCUGCUCUGCGAGGGCAUGGGGCUCCGGCCGGACUACCUCGAGGGGGACAUCAGCGGCGGCCGCGUGGCCCUCGACAUCAACAGCUAUCCGCCGUGCCCGGACCCGAGCAGGACGCUGGGCCUGCCGCCGCACUGCGACCGGGACCUCAUCACCAUCCUCCUCCCCGGCGCGGUCCCCGGCCUCGAGGUCGCCUACAGGGGCGACUGGAUCAGGGUGCAGCCCGUGCCCAACUCCUUCGUCGUCAACUUCGGCCUGCAGCUCGAGGUCGUCACCAACGGGAUGCUCAAGAGCGUGGAGCACCGCGCCGCCACCAACUCGGCGGCGGCGAGGUUGUCCGUCGCGACGUUCAUCGUGCCGGCGGACGACUGCGUCGUCGGCCCCGCGGAGGAGUUCAUCGGCGAGGGCAACCCGCCGCGCUACCGCACGCUCAGGGUCGGCGACUUCAAGCGGAUGCACAACGUUGUCAACCUGGGCUCGUCGCUCAACCAAAUUGCCAACCUCAUGGACAACCAGGACUGAAGGAGAUAUGAAGCAAAUUAAACACCAGGGCAAGUAGUCCUUGGCAAUGCAAGGAUUUGCCUUAAUUAAGCUUCCUCGAUCGUCAAGAAGCCAAGUUUGCAUUCCCAUAUCUCGCAAGCGUCCACGUAUAUCUCUCUCGGACACAUCUAUAGCUCUACUGAUGAGCAUGUGAUACGAGACACGACGACGCAACAUAUAUACUAAUAAAAACAAACCUACAUGCAAGUUGUGUGCAACUGUUUGUUAUAAGAGUCAAGGUGUUCAAAAGUAAAUAAACACGAAUUACCUACAUG